GUUGAGGACUUGCCCACGGCCCAGUAGAGUCAAUAAGACGCGUUUCAUGCCUUCGCAACGCGGCGAGUUUAUGAUAAUUCUUCACAACACAGUACUUACCAAGAUCAUCUAUUCACGUAUUUAAGGAACUGAAUCCAUUAACAGAUAUUCGGAAUUAAGUGGAUGACCUCAUAUACUAUCAAUACGACGGAACUUAGUGAAUACAGAUGCGGGAUAGAUGAGAGUUGAAAUCCAGAUCUCUUUAUUCAAGAAUCCGUCCUAUUCUCUUCCACCAUUUUAUUUCUUCACUUUUACAACAAAUUUCCUCCCCACCAUCCCGUCGUCCCCAAUAUUUAUCAUUCUAUGUUACCAUUCAUAACCUUCUAAGGUUACAUGGAAUACUCCUUUGUUAUGGGAAGAAGACCUUCACGCGUUAGUCGUCUUCCUGAAAGAUAUCGUGAUGGUAUUGGCGUAACCAAUCCAUGUACAUCGACGCCUACCACAUCAACCAUUCUUCUUCCUAUUGAACUUGAUCAAAGCGCAUGUACAAAUUCUUCAGUUGCCCGCUCACAUCACCAUAGUACCCCUUCGCCCAUUACCUCGGCCUGUUCUUCACCUAACGAUACGCCAACAAGUCCCACUUCGUCCACCAGAAGAGGCGGAAAAACCUGGAGAAAAGAAGUCGGAGCAACAUUGAAGCAAGUUGAACAAGCAGUAAAAAACCGGCCUCCCGUGGAAGGAGCAAAUUCGCCUCACAUGCAAGCAGCGCGUACUCCUCGUCGACCGGCUCGGCAGCCGGUCUACACAGCUGAGGAUGAGUACGACAUCACAUCCUCAGGAUAUGGACUGAACCAUACACCAGAGUGGGAUCAUACGGAUAUCGACAUUAUUGAUGAGUCGCACCCGAGGUGGUUUCCUGGUGUAAGUUUUUAGACUUAAUAUCUAUCAACUCCGCGCUAAAUUUGUGUGCGAUAUAGUGUGGUGUUUCCGCACCAACCUACGAAGAUCUCACCAAUGCUUGCAAGCUGAUAAUGGUUCAUGAGCUCACCAAGCAGAUGAGUUUCAAGUCGAUGAUCUCCUGGUUGCAGCUUAGUGAUACACAGCUGAUCGACUUCAUCAAAAUAUAUGAGAUCCAAUAUCAACGUAAUGUCGAGGAAGAGAGGUUGACAUUGACCGCGAUGAGUCAUUUGAGUGCGAUUAGGAAGGUGCGAGAAGUGAGGACUCAGGAUUGGGACAGGAUAUUGAAAGAGGAGGUAGACUCGAGGCUUGGAACGUCAUUGAUUGACAGUCCGAUUCCUUUGGAGGAUAUUGAUCAAACAAUUAGAUUCAUUCGAUUCUUCCCUGUUCAGGAGCAGUUACCUCGCGGCCUCGAAAUUGAUAAUGUUGAGGGCCUUACUUUUAUUCCACCUGAAGAUUACCCACCAUCUCAAGUCAUUAAAGAAGUCGUCGAAGCAAUGAGUCGCUACACCAAGCUUGGGGCUGAAUACGAGUGGGAUCUCGAUCAUGACAUUGGAUUGCGUCAGUACAUUGAGCAUGAGACCGAACUUGUAGGAGGUGUUGAUGGGAUUAUGCUCUCUGAUGAUGAGGGAGGUGAAGAGGUCGAAGAUCCAGCUCGGCGUACUAUCGGCCGCCCCAAGAAGAAAAAAGGCCGUCAGUUCGCUAAUAAGCCAGUACGAAAUAGGUCCGAUCUUUCGAAGUUGAAAUUACCAUCGAAGCUUCAACAAAUGGAGAGUGCUGAGGACGAUGAUGAGGUUGAACCUUGAGCAAGACUGUAGAUGACGGAAAGGGAAAGGGUCAGAAAAUUUAGAGUUUUAUUCUUUACUUACACAUUAGCAUUUAGCAGGUUAGUAGGUAAGCACCUAGC